GUGCCCUCGCUUCCGGUUGCGGGAGAGGAGCGGAGAGGGGACGGGAGCGAUGGCGGCGGCGGCGGCGGCUUCCCGAGGGGUGCUGCUCUUUGCAUGCUUCCCUUCAUCACUGCACAGAUUAAUCAAUACCAUUUUCUGACUGACACAAUUUAAGGAGGAAUAAGUGGAUCUCCAUCAACCUUUAUUUUUACUUUUGGGGAUGCCUCGGAAAGGUAAAUAUCUGUGAGAAAUGGAUAAAGUCUUGGUGGAUGGUGUACCUACAGCUAAUCAUUGGAUCUCAGUAAAUGAUGUUAUCCGUAAGAGGUGGUCACUGAAUGAUACCGGAAAAUCAACCUUGCAGCAGGAAUGGAAUAACUCAAUCAAGCUACAGCAUCCUGAAGAAAUGAAAUUGGAUACACAUGUUUUCAAGAUACCUCAUCUAGGGUCUAUCGUGAGCAAAAGGAAGGCGUUUUUUGAAUCUCACAUGAAGUUAUCAGUGCCGGUCACAAAGGAGAAAGUAAAGCUUGGCAAAAUGCCAGCCACAUUGAAAGUACACAACCCAAAUACAGCUGGCUCCAGUAUCAUGGAAGGUGUCCAAGGCCCUGGUCAUUAUCUGAAGAAUGGUGAAAAUGCAGAAAUUAUAAUAACUAAGUCAGAGUGCAACAGAUUUGGUCCAAUUCAGAAGCACCCUGUCGUAGAGAAAAGAAGACAACUGAUUGGUCUCUAUCAGGCCAUUUGUGAGACGGUUCGGUGCUCACCAUUUGACUCGAGGCAAACAAUUUCUAAAGAAGUUAAGGAAAAGACAUCGCCAACCCUGCAAGAGCGACUGCGAUGUUUGCUGAUUGAGGACGCUGGUAACCAGGAAGAGAAUGAGUUAAGAUCCACGAAGCAAAACCCAGAGCAAAAUGAUUACAUCAUUGAUUCAACUACAGAGUCUCGCCUCACUGGUCACCUGUCAAUAAAUCCAUUGAACAAAUAUCACAAAGCCGGGUGUUUGGAACCCAAGAGUGCCUUCAAUCAGAAAAGAACCAACCACGUUCCAAGAGUACCUGAGGCUGGCAUUUCUUGGCAAAGGAGCUUACCUCUUGAUAAAGCGCAUGGAAGUUCAGCUCUGAAGAACACUGCAAAUAAUGAGUUAAGGGCCUGUCCCACGAGCAUGCGACUGCAUGCGGCAAGCGCGACCAAACUGGAAGCGGGGGCCACGCGGAGGUCGAGUGAUCCCCGUACAGGGCCAGUCCCAUCAGCAUGCAACCUGCAUGCGGCGAGCGCGACCAAACUGGAAGCGGGGGCCGUGCGGAGGUCGAAAUUUCCACAGAACCACAGAGAUAUUUUUGGCAGAACAAUCUGGGAAAAUCCAACCGAUGAGCACCGUUUAACGUUUCCUGCAAAUCAACAUUCUGCAAAUCAACAUUCUGCAAAAGGAAAAACUGCAAAUUCGGAAAUUGAAAAUGAACCCACUGCAGUCGGCGGGGCUGGUUCACCUCUUGAGUCCACUGCUUCAAAGGCUCACUUGGUAUCACAGGAUAAAAUCAAUUCUCUUUAUUGGUCUGCUAAUCAAAGUGUGUCACAUUUGGGGAUACGUUGUGAAGUUAACCGUGACCAAGAGCCUAAAGUAAUGGUGUGUUCUGGGAAAGUGCCUUUGAAUGAUCUGGUACUUCAAGAGAAUCCAAAUCUCAAGCCUGGUCCAUUUCCUUUCUCUCCAGUGAACACACCAAGAAUAAACCAGACCUCCAAUCAACAAACAAUACAAAUUGCAUCCCAACUCGGCUCUGCUGCUGACAUAGAUCAUUCAGAGAUAAGGCCAUUCCAAUCUCUUGUAUUGUGCUCACUCCAAAAACAAAGAGCGAAAUCCCUAAGUCAACUUGAGUCAAUGAAUUCAGGGGGAGCUACUGCUGAUGAAGUUAUCCAAAGACCAUUUAAUAACAGUACCGAAGACAGCAAUCCAAACCUUCAGUUAAAGUCAAACUCUUUAACUAAACUCAAAGAUGACGGUGAAAGAGAAUUUGGCUCUCCUUGUCUGAGGUCUCAGGCUCCAGCAUUAAGCAUUAACUUUGUAUCCUCUGGAUCCACAAGGAUGUCGCAAGUCGAUGCAAUCCGGCAACAUCUACAGUCCCUGGAAACAGAUUACCAGAAUCUUGUUGCACUUCUUUCCCGGGAGAGCAGACCUUUGCCACUGACCCGAAAAUCAAAACAGAAAGGGCAGAAUGCAGUGAAAAAUGGCAAACUGUGGGCACAGCUUAGAUUGCAGCGCCAGAAAGAUAUUUGUAUAGUGCAGCAAAGGUUUGCUCAUCUGGAGGCCCAUGUACUCCUUCUGGUUCGGAAUGUAGCUCACCUAACUGAAGAGAUCGACUCUCAGAAUUCCCUGCUGCAGAAAAUACAUUCAUUCCAACUCGAAUUAAAAAGCACACUGCAAGCUUGCAACAUAGAGGUUGGAGAUGUGAGCAGGUCGUCCAUUAAACAAGAUUCUUCCAGUAUUUCAGAGUGUUCACUGAGUUGUGGAGAACGUCCUACAAUGAUGACAAUAUUUCUGAAGAAACUCGGAUAUGAGCAAUACGUUCCACAUUUCAGGAACGCCGGCAUAGGUUUCACAGAGCUCCCUCACCUUCAGGAGGAGAGACUGGAAAAACUUGGCAUUCCGUUGGGACCGAGCCUUCGUAUUCUCCAAGAGGUCAGAUGCACCUCCUACGUGUGAGUGACACAAGUCUCUUCAAAUUUUGUACAAGAAUCCUUCUGGAUCAAAUUAAGCUUCAGCAGAAAGCUACGAGAAUCCAUCGAAUAGUCCUGCUGGAUAAAGAUCUGAGAUUGCCACUUGAAACAUUUCACAACUACACACAAGAAAUGCUGCUUAAUGGUCAGGAUGGAUUUCGAUACACUGUUAUCAGUCGAUAACACUUUGCAUCACUCAGUACUGCUGUAUCAACAGUCUAGGAAAUGUGAUGCUUUAACACCAAAUUCUACCGUGUACAGUAUCAAUAAAGUAUAAUUAAAUCAUUGAAAUGUUGCUGC